AUGGCUGGUGGGCCCCCGUGCCCCUCAAACUAUAAACCUUACGGAGGGGUGAAAUUUUGUGGACAGAAUUUGGCCCAACUUUUCAGUCCGGGCGGAAUUUCUGUGGGCCCCAAGUUGAAGCCUACUUGCGCAAGUCGUGAAGGAAUGGCAGGACAAAGCCAACUUGCGCAACACGUGAAGGAAUGGCAAGACAAAGCCAACUUGCUAGGCGCGUCGAAGGCUCACAUCAAAGGGACGUUGGAAUCCAACGGCUCCCCUUGA